GUGUCUGAAGGACUUGGUUCUUGCAGCCUCAUCUCCUUCCCCGCCCCUUCCCCUCUCUCCCCCUCCAGCUCCUGGCUAGAGGAGUGAGACUCUGUCAAUCGUGGGCAAAAAGACAGAGCAGACAAAAGGUCGUUUGUAAAGAACUCCUUCCAGCCCCUCUUCUCUUCUCCUCCUGCUCAAACUCAGAGCUUGAGCAUUUAAUAAGACUUCUCUGCCAAGAAGAUUGAAAGGGAGAGAAGAAGAAGAAAGGAGAACAAGUUGAGACAGAGGGUGUUUGCCUGAGUCAGAAGAUUAGAGGCAAAGAACAGCACCUACAACUCAGCUUCCUGACCACCAUAGAGAGCUGAAAGCCAAAAUGAAAAUCACAGCCAUGCUAGUUUUGCUGAAUUUGCUGCUAGGAGGACAUGCCUUGUCCACAACCCGUCUCUCUUGCUACCGGAAGAUGUUAAAAGAUCGCGACUGUCACAACAUUCCUGAAGGAGUGGCAGAUCUUAAACAGAUUGAUGGACACCUCCAGGACCACUUCUGGAAUGGAAAAGGAUGUGAGAUGAUCUGUUAUUGCAACUUCAGUGAACUGCUGUGCUGCCCAAAAGACAUCUUCUUUGGGCCGAAGAUCUCUUUUGUGAUCCCUUGCAACAACCAGUGAUACUCUUGAUAACGGCAGCAUGUUAUAGUCUAUAGAGUUCAGGAUAUGGACCGGAGAUUACCCAGGUUCAAAUUCUGGCUCCAGCUCUUACUAACUGUGAUCCUGAGGAAACUGCUUAAUCUUUUGGAGCCCAAGAUGCUAAUCUAUAAAAUGGAGAAAAUAGAACCUACCUCCCAAGGAUCAAAUGAGAUCUAAUGCUUUGCAAAACCUUAAAGUGCCAUACAUAUUCUAGAGCAUAUCCCCAACAAAUUUAUACAAUAAUAAUAAUAAAAAAAUUAACUGUUA